GCACUGACCACGCGCGCUCCUUCUCCUAGCGCCCCUGCCAAACUUCAAGCCAUUUGUUUUUCUUUUUUCUCCGCGCAGGACGCCUCUCACCACCCGGUUCUCGGCGUGCAUCGUGUUAUCUAAAGGAUUAAAGUCACUACUAUUAAGGACGUCAAAUCCUCGUGGGACUUAAUUCGGGUUUGUUGUUUGCCUCUGGAAAGAACUGUUGACUUUUCCCUAUUCUAAAUAGCGUUUAAAGUGAUUUUAAAACAAAUUUCGUUAAAAACGAAAAGUUUGGGAACUGUAUUGCACUAAUUAGUCUCUCGUGCUGUUAUCUUGAGCGCGCGCUCGCUCGCAAACGAAGACUUGACUCGGCAUGGCUGGACUCACCACGGGUUUAACGCACGAAUCGCGAUGCAUUUCUGUUUUUAGAAAGAGAAAGUGACCAUGCUCUGUUCCUAAUGCCUGAUGUGAAAUCCCCCUGUGGUUUUGAGGUGUCUGAGAAUGAGCACGGAUCUGGAGCGCGCUUCCCUCAAGUCGGGCGCGAACUCGCUGGGCUCCGGUGGCCGCACGCUCUCCGUUAACGUCAAGAAGUUGCACAACGCGCUCAACGUGCUGCUCAACGACUUCGAGAGGGAGCAGUUUAUCCACUGUCUCAACGUUUACCACGCCAAGCGCAAUGUCUUCGAUCUCGUGCAGACUCUCAAAGUCAUUCUCAACACCCCCCACAAGCGCCAACUGUUACCCAUGCUGCGCCUGGUCAUUCCCCGCUCGGACCAGCUUCUGUUCGACCAGUACACAUCAGAAGGGCUUUAUCUGAAAACGGAUCUGCUGGCGGCCAGUGUCAAACAUGAGUGCUCGGAAGACCUCAGCAGCACGAACGCGCACGCAGGAGCUUCCUCGGUGCACUUUCCGCCUCAGUCUGAUCAGGCCGGUCCCAGUCACGGCUCUCUGCGCCCGGCUUCUGUUUUCAGCACCUCUGCUGAAGGGACAGCGCCCGCGCUCAUGCUGGAGGCGCCGAGCGAAAUCCGCCAGGUGACCCUGAAACGGAGCAAGAGUCACGAAGGCCUGGGAUUCAGCAUUCGGGGUGGCUCGGAGCAUGGAGUUGGCAUCUAUGUGUCCUUAGUGGAGCCCGGGUCGUCCGCUGAGAGAGAGGGGCUGAGAGUUGGAGACCAGAUCAUGAAAGUCAACAACGUGGUGUUUGAUCGAGUCACUCAUGGAGAGGCAGUCAAGGUGAUGUGCAUGUAAUCUCUGUGUCAGUGUGUGCUUUUGGCAGGGUAUUUAAAU